AUGAUUGAGGAGGAGACAACUUCCGCUGCAGACCUCGCAUGCGGCCCACCGACGAUCACCGUCUGCGAACCUACGGCCCCGUGCUGCGGAGCUCCAAACCGGGACGUCUGUCUGAGAGAGUGGGAGAGUGCACAAGGCCAAACAACCGGCGGCGAGGCAAGCGCGCCCGUCGGCGCCAUCGCGGGGGGCGUCGCCGCGGGAGCCAUCGUCCUACUCGUCGUGAUCUUCUUUGUGCUGUUGCGCCGCGGCCACAGCUGCCGCAAGACCCCGCAUGGCGAAGCACCAGUGGAGAGGCCGUCGCUCCGCGACAUGAUGCUCGAGGCCGUCGCUUCACUCGACGGUGGCCUCGAGACGAUACUCAUCGCCUCUGCAGCCACCAAAGAGAACCGCUUCGCCACCUUGCCGAGCGAGCUCGUGUUUGGCCGGCCAGCACAGGCGGCACUGGGGAUCGAGCACUAUAUGUGCGUGGCGCCAGAAGUUGUUCCGCAGGGGCUGCUCGAGGGCACCGCCGCCAUCGUGCGGGAGGUGAGCGCCGGCGGAACUGACGACGACCGCGAGUGCCUAAGCUACAUCCUGCACGCCGAGGCGGGCUCGAGCGACCGCACCUAUCAAGGCGGGCUGAAGCGCGACUGCGACGAGCGCGGCAGGGUGAUGGCGUGCCGCACCGUGACUGACAGCAGCGGCGCGGUGCGUGGGAUGCGGCUGGAGGACUUUGUCUCCCACGCGAGCGCGCGGCACGCGAACCUGACCGAGGCGCACGCGUUCCGCUCGAUCAACAACCCGCUCCGUGACAAGGCGCGAUUCGAGCGCGGCGAGCCGCACCAUUUGCCGGUCACGGUGGCGCUGCUUCGCGACGCCCUCGGCAAGCUGCGGGCGGUGGAGGCGGAUCAGAACUCGGGCAAGACGGCGAUGCGCCGCGUCUAUCUCUACCGCGGCAUGAAAGACGUGACGGCGCCGGCUGAUUUUAUGGCGCAAGGUGGCACCGAGCUGGCGCCCAUGUCGACCACGUCCGACCUCAGCGUGGCGAUGCGCUACUCGGCGAGCAGCACGUCGGUGCUGCUGCGACUUAUUACCGAGUCCUUCAUGCAACGCGGCCCCGACAUCUGCUUCCUCUCCGCCUUUCCCGGCGAGGCGGAGUUCCUCUUCCCGCCGCUGACGUACCUGGAGCCGACGGGCGACGUCGAGACGGUGACGGUCGAGGGGGGGCUCGCGUACGAGGUGAUCGACGUGCGGCCGCGGAUGUGA